AUGGUGCUGGGUUGCGUGCAGAAAGCCAUUGCCUUCGUGAUGCUCUGUUCGCUCAGUGAAGCUGCUGAGGAGUCUGCAGUGAAGUGGGUGGUUGGAGCGGUGGAUGCAGAUUGUAGCACUGUGUGUGCCACCAUCGACUCCGAGUGUGUGGAGGGCGCUUGGCCAAACACAGCUCAGGAAUGGGACUCCGUGGCCAGCUCUGCAGAAGGGCUUCUUUGUUUAGCAUCUGCUCCUGGUGGCUGGAUACACAAUCCGUCCAUCUGCACAGAUGAUGGGCCAGCACCGGGAGUUUGCUUUUGGCAAGGAGGAGGCAGUAGCACGCGGUGCAGCGGCGGGAUGGGUCAGUUUCCAUCUACAGUGGCUAGGCGCAUUUGUCCCUGUCAAGAGCGAGAGGAGCAAGAGGAGAGUGCCAGUGCAUUCAUGUCAGCCUUCAAUGUUGCAACCAUCACGGCCGCGACCAAAGUUGGCCAGCGAGAGCCGCUGAAGAUCCCAGUUGAGAUCAGGGUCCAAACCCAUGAGAGGAGACACCUCUGGCAGGCAUCCGCGAGACAAUCCCAUGUUCGGUCUGGGCAUCACCGCAGUGAAUGGUCAGGUCCAAUUUGGCAGCGGGUGCUCUUUGGAAAGCUGCAUCGCUGA